AUUAGGCUAAAUACAUUGCUAUGUUAAUGAAUUUAUUUAUUCAAGUUCUUAAACAGUUUCCGCUACAUACACACCCGACUUCCUCUUUAGGUGGACGCCGUAGUAAGCAAUAAAAAGGUUUAAUUUACAAUAGUCAGACCAGUUAAAUGCAACACUAUUUACCUUUGAUGUUUUAACUGCAUAGGUAAUGCCAACUUGCGCAGAAAUAUUCUACGAGUGUCAAUGGCACGGUAGCAAUGUGAACUGUUGCGAGAUAUUCGAACUGCAGAGGACGGAGCAAGGAUACUGUUGGUCUUUCAAUUCAUUGACAUCAGAAGCUACGUCGCACUGUCCACUAUCCGAAGUGCUGGAGAACGAAGGUAUGGUGGAGGAGGACGAUGAUGAGCGGCUAGAGUGUGAACUGAGACGAACCACGGGUAUCAGCGGGGGCUCUGGACUGCAGAUCUACUUACGGCCUACGGAUCCUCGACACAACAUCGGCUACAGGGCGCAGCGGGUCGUCAAUGGUGUCUCAGUUACGUCCAUUUCCUACUUCCCUUCUGCAAUCCUGAUACACACCUCGUACGAGUUACCUCUGGCGGGAACAGGGGUGUUCGCUUCCACAGCGAAGGGCGCGCGCAUAAGUCUGGGCAUAGCCGCGGAGAUAACAACAAGCAGUGACGGUAUCCGCUCUCUCCCUGUAGACGACCGACACUGUCUCUUCCCCGACGAGGAGAAGCUGCACAUCCGACACAUGUACACCCACAGCACCUGUCUGGCCGAGUGUCGCUACAAGUAUAUCAUGCUCAUGUGCCGCUGCAAACUGUACUUCUUCGUCCUUCAAGAGAUGCACCUACCAGAAUGUGGAGUCCUCCAUUUGACAUGCAUAGCAAAACACUCCAGCAAGUUCCGGUUCUACCGGCCGCCUCCUGACACUCCUGGAAUUACUGACCGAGAGCUCAUGGAGUCUCUGAACUGCAAUAUUGUCUCGCUUCUUGCAGGCAAGUUCCGGUUCUACCGGCCACCUCCUGACACUCCUGGAAUUACUGACCGAGAGCUCAUGGAGUCUCUGAACUGCAAUUGCAAGUUCCGGUUCUACCGGCCACCUCCUGACACUCCUGGAAUUACUGACCGAGAGCUCAUGGAGUCUCUGAACUGCAAUUGCAAGUUCCGGUUCUACCGGCCACCUCCUGACACUCCUGGAAUUACUGACCGAGAGCUCAUGGAGUCUCUGAACUGCAAUUGUCUCGCUACCUGCUUCGACACAGUGUACGACAUUCACCUGCAGCGCUCCAUCCCUGAGGACCCAGCCAACCAGACAGCCUUCUCCCAUGUAGACAUCUACUACAGCAAGACAGGCUUUGUCCGAUACCAGCGACACAUCGUGUUCGAGUUCUACCAACUUAUAGUUUCCCUUGGAGGAGUAGCUAACCUGUUUCUGGGAUGCAGUCUUCUGAGCCUAAUCGAGACCAUUUACUGGAUGCUGAAGAUAUUAGCAGUGACUCUUAAGACUAGUAGUGUAAAGAGUAAACUCAUUAAAGUUCAACCUCUUAAUUAUUUAGAAUAA